CCUUGCUCUCAACUAGGCUCGUGACUCUUGGACCUCUCCUGACCUCUGAGUGAUCAGGCGCUCAUGAGGGGGGAGGGACUAGCGCUCAUCUCCUUCCUGAGCCUCAUUCUUGUCCUCUGUGCACAAGUAGAGAGAAAGAGAGUCGAGGUGUGUCCCAACGAGGGGUGCAAGCAGGCAGCAAGAGCGGACCUCAAGGUUUGUGAUGGGAUCUGCAGACAGUACUACCCGCAGGUUCGCAAGUUCAUUAACGACAAUCUCAAGAGCUACCCAAGUCUGGGCCUGAGCCUUUACGAUGACGGCAGCCUGAGCCCUUCCAUCACCUUCUUCAACGACAAGGGUGAGGAGAUCGAGAGUGUAGAAGUGGCUGGCAUGUAUGCGCAUGAGAUGGAAGAGGAGUUGCAGAGCCGGGGGAUUCUGACGCUGUGAAAGAGACUAAGUACAAGACGUGAUGGGGCUCCUCUGCUUCAAUCCAAUUUGAUCAUUUACGUGACGAAAGUUCAAGGUGUACAGACAAGACAAGCUAUACUGCAUCUGCCUUGAGAAUCUCGAAGAUCAUCAUCCUCCACAACUGCAAACAUUCUCGUCACGCCUUUCUUGCCCUGGAUAAUUAAUAAGUACCUUGACAACAAAUAUUUGCGAGUCCGAG